AUGAGCUCGUGGCCCUGGUAUAAAAGACACAUUUUUGACAGCAUAACGGCUUCUCAUCCUAAGGCACCACGCUCUGCAUCCCACUCGCUCUGGACACCUUCAACUCCGGCUCGAUUGGCUACCCCUGAGAUCAAGAUCAUAUUUCUAACCUCAGAAACCAGAAUCCACAUUUUCCUGUAUCAUGCUAAAGAGAUUGGAAGUAAAAGCCUGAAGAUUCUACCUCUCGCCCACUCUCAAAAUAACCCACCCACAGAGCCAGACCGGGGGGUUCUUGCUGGUUCCGGACUUCCACCACAGUUGCUGAGGCAGGCCAAUUUGUCCGGCUCGUCUCCACCCUUAGGUCUUGCUGUUGCUCCUGUGACCCAAUCUCCUCCUGCCGCUUCUGUUAGUUCUGUCUCAGAGGCUCCCUCCCCUCCCUCUCAGACCAAGCCGCCAGCUACCCCCGCUCCUGACGCCGCCAUGUCAUCCGUUGAACCAUAUCACACAGCUUUCCCCAUUCUUCCCGACAUCGAAGCUCGUCUCCGCCGUAAAGAGUGUAAGUGUUUCGAAGACUGGGACCACCAUAUCCACUUCUACUGCGACCCCUGGAAUCCCUAUUAUUCCUCCAAGGCUACAAUUGUGGGAAUCCACUCCGUCAAUCCUGCCGACAGAUGCUCACUGCACUAUCCCAACAUUAUCGGCCGCACACCAGGCUUCGACACAAUCCGCAACAUGGUCCUACAGAUCUCAAAGGAGAAGUUGGUGGCCUUAAUUAAGCACAACCAGAACAUGCAGAAAUCUGCGCGGGCGCUAGAAGGUCUCGAAGUGAGGGAGACUUGGAAGUGGCAGAACCUAGACCACUAUGUACCGCAGCUGGAGUGGCUUGUGAAGCCCGCACAUGCUUUCGGUAAGACGGGUGAACGCAAGCUGGGUUUGUUGGGGCUUUUGCAGGUCGAUCAGCAUUGGAUGCGGCAGCCGGAGAAUGAGGAGCUUGCGGAAUUGGCUGUGAAUGCUACAAGGUAUUUGGAUUUGCUGGAACAGAUGAACAGUGAUUUUUACUGGGGGAUGGAGGAGUUUAAGCUGAUUCAUGGCUUUUGA